UGUCUCCCUCCCCUUGCCCUUGUAGCUGCAGUAGUGCCGGGUGCAGGCGCCUAGUAUCUGGGAGAGUAGUAGGAGAGGCCGCCAGGGAGGGAGGGAGAGGUGAGCGAGAGUGAGAGAGUGAGAGAGGUAGGAGACCAUCUGGCAGCCUGAGACGCGGCGAGCCAGGGUGCAGUGUGGCGUGCCUUGGCCAGUGUGUGUCGCGUCCCCCACUACGGCCACUACACAGCCCGCGCCUCCUCCUCCGCCUCCUCCUCCUGCUCCUCCUCCAGCCGCCGCCGCCGCCUCCAUCGCCGCCCGCCGCCCUCCGCCCGCCGCCGUCGCUCAUUGGCCAGGCGGUGAUCAGCAUAGCGCGUGCAUACUCUCCCAGCCUAUGACGCAAUCCUCGUGACGUAGCAGCGGCCCCGCCCACACCCACGCCCACGCCUACAUUAGCAUACGCCGCCAGACUCCACGCCCGCGCGCUCUCCCUCCACGCCGCGCGCCGACACAACUAACCAGGUGAUUUGCAUGGCUGCCAAACAACGCCAGCCAUGAUGUGAUUGCCCCACGCCCCCCACACGCCUCCUAUACGCCCCCACGCCCCUCCUCUCACCCCCCUGUGCCUCUCCACGCAGUAACGUAAUAAGAAAAGAGGAACACGAAUAUUUGGUCAGGUGAGGAGACAGGCAGAUGACCGUCCGCCGCCCUGCCUGCCGCGCCUCCGUCAGUACAACACCUGCCCGCUGCACACCUGUCCCCCAGUCACCUGUGCGCGCCUCGGGGUCGCCGCAAGCCUGCAGACACCGAAGGAACACUAGUAAAAUUAUGUUGUGUGUCUGACUGUCUGUUGCCGAUGCGAUUGUAAAUUAAACACGGAAAACGAAAUUGCUAAAGAGGAAAGGAUACGGAACAGUUAAAGAGUCUGCGGAAACGAAUAUUAAACAAGGAAAAAAAAUAAUUAGACAGACAAACUCAAGAAAAAAAAGAAAAUGAUGACAGGAAACAACACCGCCGCUAACAUGUAAGGAAAUAAAAAAAAUCCAUAAACAAACCAGAAAAGAAGAAAAACAAACCAUUAACAAAAAAAAUAAACAAAUAAAUAAAUAAACAAAAUAAUAAAAAAAAACUCCCACGGACAAAAACAACAACAAAACCAACAACAACAACAACAACAAACACAGUACAGGUGACAAACUCAUUAACCUGUCCACACCUGUCCUGCAAUUUACGAGGCCACGCGCACCUGCCUAAUUUACGACACAUUUCCCUCCUCACCUUACCUUUCCUUUCCUUUCCUUCACCCCUACCCCCUCACCCCCCAAAAAAAAGACCCCCUUACUUCCCCUACCCCCUCCGCACCCCCGCCAUUUGGGUAAGCGAGGCCGCAGAGAGCUGUUGACCUGGAGACUUGACCCUGCCACGCCCAGGUCAGGUCAGGUCAGGUCAAAUAAUCUAGUGGGGAGAAAAAUAGAUUGAGUUAUUAUUGUUAUUUAUUUGUUUUAUUUUUGGUUGUGUACGUUUGUGCGUGUGUGUGUGUGUGUGCGUGUGUACGUGGGUGUUGCGAAGUACUUGAGAAAGAAAGGAAAUAAAGAAGAAAGCAACAUAUAAGGAUAAAAAUAAGGAAAAGGAGAGAGAGAAAAAAAAACAUUAAAGGAAAUAAAUAAAGGAAAAAGAGACAUAAUAAUAAGAAAAAGGAAGCGAAAGGGAAAAAAAGGACAACACAGAAGGAAAGAAGGGAAAAAUAUAGAGAACUGACAGAAAAGAAAAGAAAAGGAAAAGGACAAAAUGAAAUAAAGGGGAAAUAUAGAAAAAAAAGACAGAAUACGUAGAAAGAAAGGAAGGAUAAAAUAGAAAAAAAGGGACAAAGGACAAAACAAAGAAGAAAAGAGGAAAAGGGAAUAGAAAAGAAAAAUAGGACAAAAGGAACUAAAGAAAAGAAUAAGUAGAACAAAACAAAGAAGAAAAAGAGGAAAAGAAGUAAUAGCAAAAUAAAAACAGAUAAAAAACAAAGAAGAAAUAAGAGGAAAAAUAAAGAAAAAAACAAAACAAAGAAGAAAAGGAAGGAAAAAAAUAAAGAAAAUAAAACAGGACAAAAGGAAGAAGAAAAGGAAGGGAAAAAACGAAAGGAAGACAACAACAACAACAACAACAACAACAACAACAACAACAAGAGGAAACAAAAAAAAACAACACCACCGAGGCCUAUGUGCGUGUGUGCGUGCGCGUGUGCGUGUGCUGUACGUGUGUUCGUGUGUACGUAGCGCUUCUGGUGACACGCACGUAACGCACGCACGCACGUUACACAGGAAUUACAACAGGUAAGCUUCCGGCAGGUGCGGCACAGGUGAACGACCCGCCCAUCAACAGGCAUGAUGAGCGCGGCAGAGGGCGUGAGUCGCGCCCUGGGCGGGGGGCAGCAGUCCCUCAUGACCCCUCCCCGCACCGGUCCUCCCUCCCCACCUUUUCCCAGCCCCCGCGGCCCCCUUCCCUCCCUUCAGCGGCCCCUUCAGUGUGGCCAGUAUGGUGCCCCGCCCCCCACGUCACCCCUCGCCCGCCCUACACGCCCUGCACCUGCCCGUCGGCCUGGAGUCCCCGCCCAGCUGGGGCGUGGAGCCGCCGCGCCUGCAGGACGCGCGCCCCUCCCCAGGGGGCGAGGCGCCGCGGGAGGGCAGCCCCCAAGCAGCCCCCCCACACGAGGAGGGGCGCACCUGCCUGGCCCCAGAACCCCCCACGCCUCCACUGCUGGGCGAGAUGCCCCGCCGUCCCCCGCUGAACCACCUGCAGGACGCGGGGGAGCGGCGCCCCGGGGGGUGGGGGUGGGGGGAGCGUGGCGGGGCUUGGAGGGGCUGUCCCCGGAGCGGUGCCGAGCGUGGGCGCGCUACCUCGCCCACCUGGCCCCCCAGCACUCCCCGCCCCCCGACCCCCCGCAGGGCCUCACCCUCACCCCCACCCACACCCCCACCACCUCCCCGGACACUCCCAGUCCCCGCGCCAUGGACGAGGGCAGCCCCCGCCCUGCCCCACCGCCUCCCUGGACCAAGCGCCGCCCCUCCCUCACCCCUGACGGCCUCGCCCCCAAGGCCCUGAGGGGUGACCCUGGGGAGGCCGCCCCGCCCGUCAUGCUGGGGGGCUUCGGCCUCGACCUGAGCUACAGACCCCCCUGGCCCCGCGCCCCCCCACACAGGUGAGUGUACCGGCUUGAACACUCACAUUCAUC